AUGGGUCUCACAUUCCAACUGAUACCAACUUUGUUCUGCCUGUUAACAUGUACCAGUGAUGCUGUUCAAGGACGGAGAAGGACCUGUCAACCCUCUAUCAGAGAGAUCAUCCACAUUGCAAACUCUCUUACUGUGAAAAAGUUUCCCUGCUUUGAGAUGGAAGUGCCGGACAUCUUUGAGGAUACAGAGAAUUCCAGUACUCCAAAAUUGUUUCCUAAGGAGUCAUCAUGCUCUCAGCUGGUCAUGACAAUGAAUGACUUUGAAACAUUAUGCAGAGCUGUCACUGUGCUCCAACAGGUCUCCAUCAGCUGCCCAUUCCCUAAGCUAAGCAACAUGCUUAGGAACCUAAUGCACUUAGUGAAUCAGACCAAAUGUCCUGUGAAUGAAACCAAGAUCACUAAAUUGCAAGAUUUCCUGAGCAAACUAAAAACCAUCAAUCAGAAGAUAUUUUCAAAAAGCACACAGUUUUAG